UUUUUUUCAUGUAUAUAGGGUGCAAUUUCCCUUAAAUCAAAAAGUCACUAACCUUUCGUUCAAAAUGUCCUUGAACUUGUCUCAAGAAACAUGCUGUAGCUCUCAAUUUAGGUUUUUAAUUGCGAGCUAGUCAGGUAGGUAGUUGAAAGUUUAGAAGCAAAAUCAUAAAACAAGAGAAGAAAUUUAAUGUGCUGUGACCAAAUUAUUUUCUUUUAAUAAAAAAAUAUCAGGAAGUUCUAGACCGGUAAAAUACAAUAUUAGUUUGUUAAAAUAGUAUUCGCUCAUAUAAAUUUUAGGUUUUAUUUUGGAUGAUUUUCUAAAAAAAUUUAUAAAAACAAUUGUAUAAUUCUAAAAAUAUUAUAGUGUGUAAUUGGAUAAGAUAGAAUCAUUUUUCCAAAAUAUGUAUGAGAUUGUUACAUCGUGGCAAAUAUGUAUUCGCUCAUAUAAAUUUUAGGUUUUAUUUUGGAUGAUUUUCUAAAAAAAGUUAUAAAAACAAUUGUAUAAUUCUAAAAAUAUUAUAGUGUGUAAUCGGAUAAGAUAGAAUCAUUUUUCCAAAAAUAUGUAUGAGAUUGUUACAUCGUGGCAAAUAUCAUGUCCUUAAGAAUGUGGAAAAUUUGUAUAAUUUAGGUAUAUAGCUAGAAUUGUCUACUAAAAUAUAUAUAGGGGAUUUAGUGCAUGCAGGGACGGCCCUUCAUUACUAAAUGUCCUAUUCAAAUUAAAAAAAAAAUUGGGCCAUUUUCUUUAGGAUAAAAAAUUUGAUUUUUUUUUGGCUUUUUUUUCUUAAGCUAAAAAAACUUCAAAAAAUUUUGGACUCUAAACGAGUGCUUACUUUGCCUAUGCUAUGGGCCGGGCCUGUCACCUGUGUGCAUGUACCUGUCUGAUUAUCAGGUUGUUAGUACAUUUUCAAACUAUAUAUAAAAUUUAUGGUAGUGUAAACAGUAUCAGAUUCUGAAAAUUUGGUAAUAUGUUUGAAACUUGUUUGUAAGACUACAGUAUCCAAAAUUUGAUGUGUGGUAUUUAUUGAUGGACUGUAUUUUUGGAAACUUCAUUAGGAAACUAACUGAGACUCAUAAUUACUAUGAAUUGUGAGAAGUAGAAAAAAUUUUGUAGGAGAAGUUCAUAGCCAUUUCCAACUAUUAGUCUGAACUGUACACCUUAAAUUGGCGAUAAAUAAGUUCCAAAAACGUGAAAAAAUGAAGUACAUUAGUCCCACAGGCGUUUUAAGAUUUACACAAGUGUCGGUCAAUUAUGAGACAUUCCUUCCGAGAAACUUGAACCAUCCCAUUUAAGAUUAAGCCAAGGUUGACGGAUUGUGAAUUGUACAAAAAAGCAAAACCUAUAAAGCAUUUAGUAUAAUAAAGAUUUAAAAUGGUUAAUCUAGCGAGAGCCUGAACACCACUAGAUGCCGUCGUACGAAAAAAAAAACGAAUUUGUACGUAUCGAACACCUAAACGUGUAAUAACUUUAUUGAAGACCAGAUAAAAAGUAAAAACAGAUUGGGUAAUAACGAGAAUUUUUGUUUUCUGUCAGUUUCCAAUAAAUUCUAAGAUAUCCAUUUUUUGCGACAGGAUUAUUUCGUGUUGAGAAAAUCGUGGAUUAAUGUCUUCUUUUGGUAAUAUUUCUAUGGUGUAUUGAAUCGAAUAAAGGAACAACAUACAUUAUAAUACGCCGCCUACUAACCUAACGCAUAACAACUCUUUCGUCAACAACGCAUAACAACAAAACACAAGUAGAGUUUAGGUCGUCAUUCAUUUCUUUUAACCUUUUUCAUAAAGUAUUAGUAGUGUUAAUUAAGAUUAGUCAACAUUAAUGAUUGAUAAAAUGGAGGGAGUGGAGAUCACAUGGAGGAAGAUAAUAUAAAAAUCGAUUCCAUUAUACCUUUCCUUGGUCCAAAAGUAUUCCUCUUUAUCUCUUUUGACGUCUCACCUUCUCCCACCUCCACUCGCCACAUAUACUGUAAGCAGAGGAAUUAACAUGGAGUCGAUGAAUCAGCCGACGAGCAUUGGUUAUGAUCAAUCACGGCGUAAGCGGAAGAAGAAACAGCCGUCACCAGCACCGUCUCAAUCCUCGGUGCAGCUAUGGAGAUCAGAGAAGCAACAACAGAUCUACUCCACCAACAUCAUUCAAUCUCUAAGAGAACUCCGGAUUAGCGCCGCCGCCGCGGAUCAAUCUCCGUCGUUACCUCCUCGCGGCGGAGGUAUAGCCGUACGUGACGCUGCUUACAGGUCUCUGGCGGUUACGGCGAGGGGCAGAACGCUAUGGAGCCGAGCUAUUUUAUCUAAGGCGGUUAAAGUGAAGCUCAAGUUCAGGAAACAGAACCGGCCGAGAUAUUCGAAUCCUCCUCCGACGAUAACCGGGAAUAACCGGUUAAGGAAGAAGAGAGCUACGGUUUUGAGGCUGAAGGCGAAGGGUUUGCCAGCUGUGCAGAGGAAAGUGAAAUUGCUUAGCCGGUUAAUUCCUGGUUGCCGGAAACAACCGUUACCGGUGGUUCUAGAAGAAACCACCGAUUAUAUUGUUGCCAUGGAGAUGCAGAUUCGUGCUUUGAAUGCAAUUAUCUCCGCCGUUGGCUCUGGCUCUAGCGGCGGAGACAGGUGAUGAUGGCGAAGAGACACACAUGCUCGGUUAGCUUGGCCCAGCUGUUUUUUUUUUUUUUGGUAUUUUCCCUUCUUUAUUUAAAUUAUACUUUUUAUGAUGCUGAUUUGUUUAUCCUAUCUAUCUAUAUUUGUGAACUGAUUUUUUUUUUUCAUCCAAACACUCACAUUAAAAGAGAAAAUGAUUAAUAUCA